AUGUUAUCUUCUCUCACUACAAGUACUCCGACGACUGACUCAACGAAGCUUUGCCCAAGUCAACUGACUGGUACGAGCAUCAUGCUCGAGGUCUCCGAAUCCUCCUACAAAACCGUUAACCACAAUACGCUCUUGGCUGACAGCGUCCAGGGCCUUAUCAACACCGACUUGUUGAAGCCCGAUGACGAGGUCGUCAGCACGUAUGUAUGUCGCUUUGACCACGGAUAUCCCACUCCCAGUCUGGAGCGUUACGGCGCAAUGACCAAUAUCUUGAUAUACCUGCAAGAGAAGAACAUUCUGUCUCAAGGCCGGUUUGGAUCAUGGAAGUACGGGGUUGGUAACCAGGACCACAGUUUCAUGCUCGGUGUUGAGGCGGUUGAACUUAUCCUUUUCAGCGGCUUUGAAGUGACUUUAUCAAACCCUGACUUUGUCAACUCUCGAGCCAACACUGAAUGUCGCUUGGCAUCUACUAAGGUUGUCCAGGGUUCGUUAUCCUCGGGCCAGUAA